CUGUAGAGUUGGGCAGGUGGUAUGUAGGCAUGUUGAUAGAUGAGUGCUGACUUCUCAGAAAGGAAGAGGUGGAGACCUAUCCUCCCACCACACUUACAGGGGAUUGGAUUCCUUGCUGUGGGAAAGAAAGAGCGGGCCUUCUAGGUUGCUUUCUAUUGCAGAGUUAUAAAAAAAUCACGAUCCUAAGCAACUCGAGGACAGGGCUUAUUAGCCUCACGCGUUCUGAUCACAGUCUAACGCGAAGGGAACUCAGAGCAGGAACACAGGGCAGGAACCUGAAGCAGGAACUGGGCAGUGGCAGAAACUGCUUGUUGUUUUUUUCCCUCCUGGCUUCUUCAGCCUGCUUCCUUACACAAGCCAGGACCACCUGCUCAGGGCUGGUCUCCCACAUCAACUAAUAAGAAAGAAUAUGCCCCACAGGUUUGCCUGCAUGUCAGUCUAAUGGAGGCAUGUCUCUCAAUUUAGGUUCCCCCUUCCCAGAUGACCAGAGCUCAUGUCAAGUUAUUAAAAAAUUAAGCAGCAAACACAUCAGGUAAAGGAAAAGGCUGUGGCCUCAGAAGCCAGGAAUGCAUUUGGUAUUACCUUCAUCUCCUUCCACUAGCCUAGGGAGAGCCAAAAGCUUGGCGUCUGAAGCCACAUUAGGUCGGGAGGGUGGUGGUAGUGGGAGCAUGUCUGGAUGGGUCUAAUGUAAUUUUAACACUGGGAAGUUUGUGUUUAAUCUAGGAGAAAAUGGUUUUACGGAGGUUCAUUUCACUGGAUAAGGGCAGAUCCAAAAAAAAAAAAAAAAAAAAAAAUCGAGAGCAGAGUUCCAGGAAGAAGUCCUGGGUGAUGGAGGUGGAGGAAAAAGAGCCAUCACUCGGUAUCUUUUCUGGCCUAACUUUGAUCUCUUCCCCAUCUUAGAUUUUUACCUCCCUGCCUCCUUCAAUCCCAGAUGCCGGUCCCCUUCUCUGAAAUUAUCCACGUCAAGCAAAUAUGCAAUGAUAAUACAUUUAAAAACCCACUUCCCAUCUCCAAACACGGAGAAAAAUGGGUCAUUCUGCAUCCUGUGCCCUUCUCUGGUACAUUCUAAAGACAAAAAUUCCAGAUUGCAGUGGCGUGAAGGGUGACCUCCUACCAAAAGAAAAAGAAAAUAGAAAAAAAAAAAAUCCUGUUUCUUUUGCUAAUGUUCUCGGCCUCGCUCCACCUCUCCAAAUAGAGAGAACGAACUGCGGAUAAAAAUGCACGCAUCGCAGCCUUAGCUCCUCAACCACAUUUGGGAGAGGCCUGCGGGGUCGGGUGACUCAAGCUCGCGCGGGGACGAGCCGAGAGCGCUCCCGACUUCCCUGGAACCUUAACGUCCUACGGUUCACCUUCUCCCGAUUGCGGGGUCCUCUCCCUGACCCAGAUCACUCCCCAACUUGGUUCCCAGACCCCAUCGGGAGCGCGGCUCCCCUUAGCCCAAGACGCCGCACCUGUGGGCUCUGGGUCGCCUCCCGCUGCGCUCGGGCGCAGCUCCCCGAGGCUCCGCUAGGGGUCUCUGUCGGGUGGCGAGCCGGGUGGGCGGGAUCAGCUGACUCUGCCGGCUGCGAGCCCCGCCGCCUCGCUCCAGCUCUGUCAGUUUCCUCGGCGGCGGGAGGCGAGAGCACCGGGAGCAGAGCGAGCGCGGGGCCACCGGAGACGGCGGCGGCGGCGCGGACACAGCCAGGGCGCGGCGGAUCUUCCACUCGCACACGGAGCACUCGGUGGCCCACGCAGGAUCACGAUGCUGCCCAGCUUGGCACUGCUCCUGCUGGCCGCCUGGACGGUUCGGGCUCUGGAGGUACCCACUGAUGGCAACGCCGGGCUGCUGGCAGAACCCCAGAUCGCCAUGUUCUGUGGUAAACUCAACAUGCACAUGAAUGUGCAGAAUGGAAAGUGGGAGUCAGACCCGUCAGGGACCAAAACCUGCAUUGGCACCAAGGAGGGCAUCUUGCAGUACUGCCAAGAGGUCUACCCUGAACUGCAGAUCACAAACGUGGUGGAAGCCAACCAGCCAGUGACCAUCCAGAACUGGUGCAAGCGGGGCCGCAAGCAGUGCAAGACACACACCCACAUCGUGAUUCCUUACCGUUGCCUAGUUGGUGAGUUUGUGAGCGACGCCCUUCUCGUGCCCGACAAGUGCAAGUUCCUACACCAGGAGCGGAUGGAUGUUUGUGAGACCCAUCUUCACUGGCACACCGUCGCCAAAGAGACAUGCAGCGAGAAGAGCACUAACUUGCACGACUAUGGCAUGCUGCUGCCCUGCGGCAUCGACAAGUUCCGAGGGGUAGAGUUUGUAUGCUGCCCGUUGGCCGAGGAAAGCGACAGCGUGGAUUCUGCGGAUGCAGAGGAGGAUGACUCUGAUGUCUGGUGGGGUGGAGCGGACACAGACUACGCUGAUGGCGGUGAAGACAAAGUAGUAGAAGUCGCCGAAGAGGAGGAAGUGGCUGAUGUUGAGGAAGAGGAAGCUGAUGAUGAUGAGGAUGUGGAGGAUGGGGACGAGGUGGAGGAGGAGGCCGAGGAGCCCUACGAAGAGGCCACCGAGAGAACAACCAGCACUGCCACCACCACCACAACCACCACUGAGUCCGUGGAGGAGGUGGUCCGAGAGGUGUGCUCUGAACAAGCCGAGACCGGGCCAUGCCGCGCAAUGAUCUCCCGCUGGUACUUUGAUGUCACUGAAGGGAAGUGUGUCCCAUUCUUUUACGGCGGAUGUGGCGGCAACAGGAACAACUUUGACACGGAAGAGUACUGCAUGGCGGUGUGUGGCAGCGUGUCAACCCAAAGUUUACUCAAGACUACCAGUGAACCUCUUCCCCAAGAUCCUGAUAAACUUCCCACGACAGCAGCCAGCACCCCCGACGCCGUCGACAAGUACCUGGAGACACCCGGGGACGAGAACGAGCAUGCCCAUUUCCAGAAAGCCAAAGAGAGGCUGGAAGCCAAGCACCGAGAGAGAAUGUCCCAGGUCAUGAGAGAAUGGGAAGAGGCAGAGCGUCAAGCCAAGAACUUGCCCAAAGCUGACAAGAAGGCCGUUAUCCAGCAUUUCCAGGAGAAAGUGGAAUCUCUGGAACAGGAAGCAGCCAAUGAGAGACAGCAGCUUGUAGAGACACACAUGGCCAGAGUUGAAGCCAUGCUCAAUGACCGCCGCCGCCUGGCCCUCGAGAAUUACAUCACUGCACUGCAGGCGGUGCCCCCAAGGCCUCAUCAUGUGUUCAACAUGCUGAAGAAGUACGUCCGUGCGGAGCAGAAAGACAGACAGCACACCCUAAAGCAUUUUGAACAUGUGCGCAUGGUGGACCCCAAGAAAGCUGCUCAGAUCCGGUCCCAGGUUAUGACACACCUCCGUGUGAUCUACGAGCGCAUGAACCAGUCUCUGUCCCUGCUCUACAAUGUCCCUGCGGUGGCUGAGGAGAUUCAAGAUGAAGUCGAUGAUCUGCUUUCUUCCUCCAGGAUAUUACACGUGCUCAUGUGAGCUUAGAGCUCUUAAUUUGUAUGUAACUGGGUAAAGGGAGAGGACUAUUUCCUAAUGUGCUACCUACCAUCUUCCCCUCGGAUUUAUUAGAGUAGGUGAUGCCAGAUAAAAUGGGUUCAACCAAUUCUUUGAGUUUCUGUUUGUUUCUCUGUACUUUGUCCGGAAUCUUUUAUCCAAAGUCCUUGGGAUUGGAAAUGUUUCAGAUUUCAGAAUUUUUCAAAUUCGGGGCACAACGCUACCAGUUAUAACUAGCUAUCAUCUUCAGUCCAAAGAGCUGAGAUUCGGAAUGCUUUGAAAGCUUUAGCUUUCAGAACAUCCCACAUGUAGAGUCUGAGAGCAAGCCCAUGCAAUAUAGGUAUUCAGAAUAUAUCAGAGAGCAACAGUAACCCUCACGUUUACUACUGAAGACCAACCUGAGCCGUUUCCAGUCUGCUGCUGGCAAUGUCUGUGAUCCUGAGCAAAAUGGGAGAAAGCUGUCUCAAGAAAAAGAGGUGGAAGCCAAGGGAAGGGCUUUGUAAUGUGUUCAGGCCUAUAGGAGUGCGGUUAGCGCUGAGCCUGUGUUUACAUUCCCUCGUUCCCUUAGGCAGGGAGCCAGUGUCUUGCACUGAGUGUUUUGUUUUCUCCCACCUUAAGGAGAAGCCUUCUUAUACCUAAAGCAGAAAGUACCUCCUUCAGGUGCAGGAGGGAAAACUUAAGCAAUCUGUGGAUUGCUCAAAACACAGUCUGUCCUUUGAUAAACCAGGCAUCGCCCUGCAAGUCAAACAUUGUAUGAAAAUGUGAGAGGUUUGGCAGACUGUUCUCUUUGAUGUGGAGAGAGAAAAGCUGGCUUCCUUUCCCACAUUCAGCUCGGGUCUGCAUCUACCCUGCUGCUAAGAGGCUCUUCAAGGGAACUUGAAAGUGGUGCCGGACCCUCCAGCUUUGCAGAUUAAGGAUCUAGGGUGAUUAACUGAUUUGAUCAAAAUCAGAGACUAAAACUGGUCAGGGGUCGAGGGCUUCUUCACAUCUUGCCAGAGUUCUUCAGAAAUCAAAGUGAGUUUUAAAUACCUGGGGUGUGAAUAAAUGAGACAAUUUUCUUCCAUUAAAGAAAAGUGGCCACGAGGAAUGGGGAACCCUUUGUAGACAUCAGAGUGUUCAAAUAUGGCCUUGUGUCCAACACGGCCUUGUGUCCAACACAGCCUUGUGCCCGGAGCUUGCCACGAGUUGAAGCGAGCAUCUAAGCUGGCAGGUUCCGGUCCCUCGGGAGUUCAUCCUGUCAUUUCUGCAUGUCUGUCCCUUACUCCGCUGACAGUAAACAGUGUCUACAUUUUUCAGGAUCUUACUUCAGUUGCUGUAAAUACUUCAACAAUCUGAAAGUCUCAUUCAGAAGCCACUUAGGAAGAAAAGUUACUCUCAGUGGAAAUUGGUAUCCUGGAAGUCACUGUGUCUCAAUGCAUACUUGGGACCAAGUAAAGUAUAAUGUGGAGGAGUUCUUGUUUAAAAUACCGGGUCUUGAACUCUUCCUCACACUCAGAGAAAUCAACUCAUCUUCUACUUCAAAUGAUUCUUGAAUAAUUCAAAAGGUUUAAUGUUUAUAUGUGCUAGUAAAAAUACAAGCUUUUGUAGAAAAUUGAGAGUGUAUUUGUAUAUAUCUUUGACCUAAAAAAUUAAACAUUAUUAAUGUAUCCUACAUGAAGUUAGACCAGUCUUUCCCUUCAGUCUCUGAUUUACAGUGUUCUGACUUACAAGAUUUUCUGACAUUGUAGCGAGGAGAAAGUAAUGUGUUUUGAAUCAUAAUCCGUCCCCGGGUCACUACAUGUGGUGCCAGCAUACAGCACUGCGUGGCAGGUCCUUAUCUUAGUCAGGGUUACCACUGUGCUCAAACACCAUGGCCAAAGCAGCUUGGGGAGGAAAGGGUUUGUUUGAUCUACACCUCCACUUCACUAUUUAUCGUCAAAGGAAGUCGGGACAGGAACUCAAAAAGAGGUAGGAGCUGAUGUGGCGGCCUUGGAGUGGUGUUGCUUACUGGCCUGCUUUCUUAUAGAACCCAGAAUCACCUGCCCAGGGAGGGCCCCACCCCACCCCCAUCAAUCACUAAUUAAGAAAAUCUCCCACAUACAGGCAUGUGUGCAACCUAAUCUUGUGGAGGCAUUUUCUCAGCUGAGUUUCCCUCCUCUCUGGUGACUUUAGCUUGUGUCAAGUUUCACAUGAUCAAGAUAAUAAUCAACAAUAGCCCUCACUCUCUCAUCUUGAGCUCUGCUGUUCAGUGGACUAGGUGCAGCCGUGGCAUGUUUGACUAGGAAUGUUGUGUGGAAGGACCAUGAGGCUAUAUUCGCAUCAUGAAAGAACACAUGUAUUUCCAAGGGGCCACUGCAUAAAAUACUUCCGGGAGAUGACAUUUACUUUGAAGGUUGAAUACAGCUCUGUUAAGUAACACAAUGUUGAGGUUGCGCUUAACUUACCCAAGUCACUGGCAUAAACUCCUUUUCUCUUUGUUUUUAUUGUGUUCAUGUGUGGGCACACGCACAUGUCUAGGCCAGAGGACAGCAAAAGGUUUUGUUCCUUAGCUCUUUACACCAUCUGUUUGAGGCAAGGUCUCUCUUUGGUCUGCAAGUCACCCAAAUGGACUAGACUGAUUAGCCAGGAGCCCCAAAGAUCCUCCUGUCUCCAUUCUGAAAUUAUAAACCCAACACCACACACAGCUAUCUCCCUGUCUCCCUCUUCCCCCUCUGUGUUUUGGGGGGCAGGACAGGUUAUAUCCAUACAACUCAGAUCCUGUGUGUGUGUGUAUGUGUGUGUGUGUGUGUGUGUGUGUGUGUGUGUGUGUGUGUGAGUGUGUGUGUGUCUGUGUGUGUCUGUGUCUGUGUGUGUGUGUCUGUGUGUCUGUGUGUUCUGACCACAAAACUCAGGUCCUUACCUCCUGACCCACGCACACCCCCCAAACCCGCCAACUUAACCACUUAUUAACCUCAGUCACUGCUCUUGACAGUGAACAGUGAAAGCCUGGGGCUGGUGGGAACUUCUUGCCUAGAUGCUGCUUUCCUUGGAAGUUCAGAGCCUGCUCGUCUCUCUGACAGAUCCUUUUCCUCUCUCAGUCCUGACCCUUCGCUCUCCUAUCACUGAUUCCACCAUAGAAAUACUCCAUGGAGGUGGCCUUCAAAUCCAAGAUGAUACUAACUUCAUCAGAGGCAAAAGAGAAGAUUAAUGCUAUGCCCAGGGUGACCAGCAUUGUAGAGGACAUUCAUCCGAAUCUCGGACAGUUCACUGACAGCCUAGCAUCCGCUCAGGAAGUAUGUGUCCGAUAGUGAACGGACAAAACAAGAACACGAGAAAAGCUAUGCUGGCUGCCAACACUAGAUGCCAGUCCCCAGGAGGGAGCUCACUGUGUCACACGGUCACAUGUGUAUAUUUUAGAUUACAUAGGAAAACCCUCUAAACCCCUUUUGUGGUUUCCUGAAGUGACAUGGACUAGAAAUCAAAUACCAGCUCUUCUUUUAUUCCACAAACAAAUAGACCACCUGAUUGGACAUGCUCCAGAAAUGUGGGAAAGCUAUCAUUGGCUAUUUUCCUUCAACCUGUGGUGAACAAGGCAUGUGGAAAUAGAAUGCUUAAGAAGAGAGCAAUAAAAAUUAAAAUCAUUUCCUUGUCUUCUCUGUGAAGGGGAUGUACGAUCAUUUCUCCCUGUUUAGAUAUCCAGGCACAUGCCUGUAAUCUCAAUGGUUCCCAAGUUCAAAGGCAGGCUAGCUACAUAGUGAGUCCCAGACCAGCCUGGGCUACAUAUUAAGACUCUGUCUCAAAGGAAAUGAAACAAAAAGAAGUAUGUUUUUCAAAGCCUUUUUCUUGCGUAUCCAGAGUGAGCAGGAUUAAUUUACCCUCAGCCUGCAGCUGUCACCUUUCUUGAACACAGAGAAGAAAGGAAACAGAAUCCCUUAGAGAAGACAUUUAGAUCUCUUCCUUUUGCCUCAGUCUGGCUAGAAAGGUGCAGUAGUGACCUGGGUUAGAGUUCUGUUCCCAUUUGCCCUCUCCAGACUCUGUGUAUAAAAUUGAUAGUGCGUACACAUCACACACACACACACACACACACACCACCUGUUACCUCAUAAGCGAUAGUUUAUUCUGAAGCCAAAUGCGUCUGGCAGUGGCCUGGAACACAGAUUUAUUUUCUCCAAAUUCCAUGUUCCUACAUGGAAGCAUCUUAUAGUAACCAAACAAAGAAAGCCAUAAGUCAAGACACUCCGUAAAGGCAUCGGUGGAAAUAUCAGGGUAGACUGGUUGAGGAAGAGCAGAGAAACCCCACCUGUAGUCCUCAGGUGCCACCUGAUGACAUUCUAAGCUUGCUGACUGGUUGGCUAACUCUAGUUUGUACAUCCGGAGGGAUUUACCUAAUGGUCGAAAAGGAGCUGGGUCAGGUAUAAAGGAGAACAGUACAUGACUGCUGCAGGGGCUAUUGAGGGCCCAAAGCUCUACACUUGCUGCCUUCCAGAGUUUCUGGUCUCUGUGGUUCUCAUCAGUUACAUGGGCUUACAGAAGGGUCAGUGGAACUUUCCAGAAUCCCCAAGUGUAUGUGUUAAUUGCCUUGAGGUGCAGUCUUUGGGUGGCAGUUAGGAUUGGGUUCCGUGUAGCUAAGAUCUUCAUAUAGAAGCUUGCCGUGGACACUCUGCUCUGUGAUGGCCCAGUGGGAGAUCCCUUGCUACAUACGGGUACCCUGCUCUCUCUUUUUUUUAUGUAUUAGAAAGAGAAGGAUUUGUAUGGCUUUUGCUUCUUUUGUUUUGUUUUGUUUUGUUUUGUACACUGAGAAGAAAGCAGUAGACAGAAACAGAAGAAGCCCCUGCAGAAACCCCCUUUAUAAAUUAUUCAUUCUCUGAUCCUCAGUUAUGACAGAAAAUAGAACAGCCUCAAGCUUAGGGUAAUGGCGCAAACUUAUGAUUUCAGCCACUCAGCAUACUGAAACAGGAAGAUCCUGGGUUCUGGGCAGACCUGGGCUACAUUGUGAGAUCCUGUCUCAAGAAAAUACAGUGGUUUGAAUAGCUUAAAAAUGAAAGUGACUUUUCUCAUGUUUUUUGGAGCUCGUAAAUUCAAGAUGAUGGGUAUUUAGGAAGGCCUUCUCAGUUUCUCCAUGAUACAAUUUGUUUCAUCGUAUUGGGAGCAAGGAUCCAGAUGUUCUAGAGGCUGCCCCUGGGGAGUUCCUGCUAUGCUGGAACAAAGAACUGGCCCAGGGACACGUGGACAGUGGUAGAAAAAGACAUGAUUUAUUAAGAAAAAGAAAGCCAUUUUCAGGAUGGAACUUUGAGAGAUUUGGACACAGGUGGGCCACAGUUCAAAACACUAACGGUCCUGGGUUCUUGAGCCUUUUUAGAUCAUGUGUGUAGCACCCACCUUCCCCCAUCUUAGGAGAUCACAGAGGUUUUCUGUGUGUGCAUGCUGUUUGGUCACAUACAGCCACAGGAAGUGGAGGUUGUCUUCCUGCCAUCGGUUGCUUUCCUGUGCUGAUCUUGAUGUUUCUUCCCAUAAAACCUGUCUUGGAAGGAGCAAUCUCUCUGGUUUCUCCCCAGCCUCAGCAUCCAGUCACCCUGGGAUAAUAUUUAGCGUCAGUCUUCACCUUAAAUGGCUCUUCUCAAGAUGAUGCCCUUGAGGGCUAAGGCCUCCAUGGAUUUCAUCGGGGAUCCAGUUCAGCCCACACCACUUAGCUGGGUCAGUCCUUUGGCUAGGUCUAAUGUCCUCCCUCUCUGUUGACCCUUACCCUUUAGCCACUUACAGCGCAUGUGCUCUUUAUUCUAAAAGCUAUACACAGAAGCCAUGACAUAUAGUAGUACUCUUAAUUUUUAAUUUUUUGACAUCUUGAAUUGGAAUAGAAUUACAUCAAUUCUCCAACCCCUCUCAGCAUCCCUCCCUCAAUCCCCUUCUAUGCUACCCCAGUCUUAGGUUGGUAGUCUCCUCUUCAAAUCCAAAAUAAAUACUCUGGCCACCAUUUUUUUUAUGUUAUGAAGCCUGAGAGUCACAAACAACCCAGCACUGCUCGCUAAUCGUGCACUCCAUGGCCCAAUCUAGUCAUCCUAUAAAAACAACAGCAUGACCUUCAGGCUUUUUGAAGAUAGUUUUGUGCAGACCCAGUUUGUCCAGUGUGAGCCCUAAGUUGAAAUCAUCAGGCUAAAUUGCACGGCUUCCUCCAGCUGUCCCGGCUUCUCUAAAUGGAGUCCCUGGGCUUGAGUGCAGAGUGCAGUUCUCCUGCCUCUGUGAUGGUGGUGUCAUCACUCUGAGUGCAGUAAGAUCUAAAACUCGCCUGGUAUUUGCCACAUGUCUUGGUGCCAGGCACAACUCAGCUUCUCCGGCUCCCCAGGAAGGAAGUGACAUAGCCGCUGUGUACGAGGUGCUUGAAUGAGGCUACUCCAUUUUCCUGCUGACUUGAAGAAUCUGCAGACACUUCCCCCAAAUACUCCCAUGUUUAAAUCAAACAGCUACAUGUCUUGAAUCUUCACCCUACACGUGAAAAAAAAAAGAUUAAUUUCCAUAUUACGAAACUGUAAAAGGUUUUAAGCGCCUUUCCUUCCUGUGAGGCUGAUAAAGGAGUGAAUUUGUAAACUGCGGCUGGGUUAAUUAGCCAGGGUUAAUUAAUGUUUACCACACUGGGACGAUGAAAAGAGGUGUGUAAAUGCACAGUAAUGCGGGUCAUUUUUCAAUUUAUUGUUGAAGCUUACGGUGUGUGUGAGUGAGGACAACAUAAAGCGCAUGCGUGUUUCAGAGGGCUACUGAUGCUCUGCGGUAAUUAUGAGGCGUAGGCUUCUAAGUGGAUUAAUUACAUGUUCCUGAAGACGAUCACAGGCUAAUAGUGUUUAUUUAGGGACAGGCUGCUGUUUCAAGUUGAACUAUUUGGAGAGCUGGGUGAGGUGAGGAGAGGCUAACUGUGUGGGCAUGAAAACAGCAUUUUAAAGUAACCUUUAAAAAUAAAUAAUAGAUAGAUUUCUAGAGUCGUGUAUUUUCAAGAGAGCCCAAAGAGUCUUAGGUGAAGUCCUGGAUUAAAGCUGGGAAGUACAGAUACUAGAAGCAGUUUGAAGAGAUUGGAAUAUAAUCUCCUAUGAACUGGGUAGAUAUCCCUCAGUGUUGGGAGUUUAGGACCAGAUUCCAGGACACGCCCACCUCAGGAAUCCCCAAAUUCAUGGAUGCUCCAACUCCUUAUAUAGACAGUUUGUAUUUGUAUAGGACUUAUGAGCAUCUUCUUGGGGGCUGGAGUGAUGGCUCAGUGGUUCAGAGCACUGACUACUCUUCCAGAGGUCCUGAGUUCAGAUCCCAGCAAGUACAUGGUGGCUCACAACCAUCUGCAAUGAGAUCUGAUGCCCUCUUCUGAUGUGUCUGAAGACAGCUACAGUGUACUUCCUGAGCAUCUUCUUGUGUGCUGCUCAUAAAACCUAAUCCAUUGCCACUGCUCAGUCAACACUCACUACCCUGUAAUGUUUUGAAAACAGCAUGGUAAAAGCCCUAUUUGUGUUCAAUACAGACACAGUGAGUGUUUUCCCAUUAACUUUUGAUCUGAGUGCCGGAGAGUUGGCUUAGUGGAUAAAGUCUUUGCUAUGAACACGUGAAGACCUGCGUUCUGAUCCCCAGGGCCGUGUCAAAAGCAGGAAUGACAGCAUGCACCUAUAAUCCGGGCCCUAAAUGAUGGAAAGAGAAGUGUCUGAGGAAUAGGACAUCCUAGUGCUUGUGUGGGUCCUUUCCUGUCAGCCUUGAGUUCUUUGCAUGCGAAGAAAUUGAGUUAGUUAUUUCUGGCACUGGUCUGGAAAUAUCGACAAAUGAGUAUCAGUGAGCUCACCACGUAACUCGUUUGAGUCUCCUUGUUCCAGAUUCUUACAGGGAUUUCUUCCCACUCCUCACCUCUGUGCACUGAGUGCCUUCCUGAAGGCAGGUCGAUUCCACCCCUGGCCAAACCCCUAACGCUUAGCACUUGCCAUUUCCAGGCUUGGAUGCUAUCUUACUUUUUCUGUUGCUGAGAUAAAGUACCCUGACCAAAGCAGCUUAAGGGAGAAAGGCUCUAUCUCCGCUUGCAGUCCAAGGACACAAUGGAUCAAAGCAGAGCAGCCAAAGCUGCAGGUCACUUGACAUCCAGGACGAGGAAGUGGAGGGUGGUGAUUGGUCGGUUCUUGUUAAUUUCCCUCUUUGGCCUAGUAGGACCCAAGCAGAGAAAGGUGUGACCCACAUUUAGGGUAGGUCUACCUUCUGUUAACCUAAUGAAACCGAUCCCUCCUAGGCAGGCAUGGAGGCUAACUUAAUCUAAAUAAUCCUUUGUCUCCUUGGUUACUCCAGAGCCUAUCAAGUUGCCAGUUGGCGUUAUUCUUCAUCACAGUCUCCUGGGCCUCGUUAAGGGACCAUGUGAAUGAGUUUCUGCUGGAGAGAAAGGGCCAUCGCCAUAGCUAGGAAAGCAAGAUUUCGUUAAAGACAAACAGGCCAGUGUACAGAAGAGCAUACUGGAUGUGUUUAGGGUUUCUAAAAUAUGCAUACAUUAGCAUUUAAAUGAGCGGUCAUGCCUACAGAGAUGUAUUGUGUAUAAGGAACAUAGCCCUCCAUUGUGAUGACCUGUGUAUUUAGGCACAUUUUCCACACUGAGCCCUUAUUUAUCAGCAUAUCUUUUAGGGUCUCCCCAUGAAAUUGUCUACAGAUGUUGGCAUCUUCCUUUCUACCACGAGCUCACCAUCUUUUGACCCAGUUUUUUCAUCCCCCUGAAUAUAGUAGUUGUCCGUCCCUCAUCAACUGGAACUGUACUGAGCUCUCUUCCUGGCCCAGCAGUGUGUGAUUCCCAUUCCAUACAUCUGCUGUGGUCUUGAGCAGGCCAGGCAGGGUUCUCUUCCAAGUCUGAGGGAGAGCACUUGAGAGCCUGGGCCACUGCAUAGCUACAGUUGUAUAAGUCGCACAGGACCCUGCUAUAACGGACAGCAGUCAUGGAAACCACAGUGAAGAGUUGUCUGCAGCUGCACAGCCAUGAACAGCAGUCCUGUGGCCAUGCCAGCAUGGCCACCCGCCCCUGCUUCUCUCUCUGAUGUGUUUGAAGACGCACACCAUUGCUGAAGUCCAAAGCACGUGUGGCAGAGCCAGUCAUGGGCUGUGCAUGUGACUCACUCGCCUCAAAGAAAAUGUUAUGUCCAUUUGUAAGGAGAGAGGUUGAUUUCCUUACCAGCUGUCUCAGAGGUGGCUCGGAGCUCAAGUGGGGAUGAAAGAACCCCAAGUAAUGAUGCCCAGAACACCCUACAGGAGCCGAGAAGGAGCCACGGGACUCCGGGCUCAAUUAAUUUUUUUUUUCAUCUCUUACUCUACGUUUGUUUUUUUAUUGGUCCACACUAAAAAUUAGUUUUUCAUAAUAAUAGAUGGUGCUAUUAUAAAUAUUCUGACCUUUUACUUUUAAGCAAAUAUACGUCAACACCAAGUAUUCCAAAGAGCCCCAGUAAAAUGAAAAUUAAGGAUCUAACUGGAAAGAUUUCUUCCCCAUAAGUCCAUAUUUAUAUGUCCCCAAACCUAAUAGUAGUCUCAAAGAUGUCAUUCUCUAUGGCCACAGCCAUAAAGAUUAAAUAAGAAAACAAGACGGGACAUCCUCUUGGAGUUGGGGGAGGAGGUAUGGGAUGAGGAACAGUCAGAGGGUGGACUGGGAGGGGAGCUAAUGACUGGACUGUAAAAAAAGAUUCAAUAAUAAUAAUGAUGAUGAUAAUAAUAAUAAAUAAGUAGAUAAAAUAAUUUCUAAAAGACAAAAAUGAAAAAUAAAAAUGUGAGUUAAAUGUAUAGUGGCCUCCUAGUGCUAGAUUUUCCACCGUGUGAUUCAUUUUCCAAGCAAGUACAUCCGUGUAAUUUACACGUAUGAGCAUUAGAACUUCAGCCCACAGAACUUUCUUUCAAAGACCAGUGCUGUAGUGUGAAAACUCUGCAGUCAGGGCCCCAGGUGGCUGACAUCCCAGGGGGAUUAAGACCCCCUAAAGUGGUUGGAAAUAAGAUCGGGACCUUGGCCCAAGUUCCAUAAAUAAACACGGAAAGGGAAGCUUUUUAAUCCUUUUGCCAAGGCCAGGGAGCCUGGCUGUGUUUUCAUCUUGAUUUCUGGCUAAUGCCGGUUGAUAGAACGGAGCUGUUUGAUGUAGGAGUUUGAAAGCCACAAGGAAACUCCUCUUCAAGGGAAAGGCACUUCUUCUGAAACUUCAGUCUAGACCAGACGAUGGUAUUUCAGGAAAAUGUCACUUGCAAUAAGGAGUAGUUUUCACAAGUGAUGCUCCGCCUUCUGUGAGUCCUCUCUGGGGACAGUUGCCUACCAUAAGUGGACGGAACACACCCCCAUUUGAAACUCUGUGGCCAGGAAACUUCUACACAAAAAUAAACCUCGAUCUAGACAUGAGUCUGUACUUAGACUCUGGGCAAUUCUCGAGAUUGAUAGUGUAGCUCCAGAUAAAAGAGCUGCCUUAAUUUUCUAGACGCGGAGGUUUGUGGGGAGAGCUCAUUGCUAAGUGAUGUCUAUAGAGGUUUUCCCCCCAGUUUGGGAAACAGUCCUACAAUGAUCAUUCUCUCUCAGCCACUGAGGUAACCUGAUCACUCCACUUCAUUUGGGCACAGAAAAGAUUUGUGGGGCAGAGCCCAACUCAAAUUCAGAUUGUUUAACUUCUCUUAACUGUGAAGUAGGGUGUUGAAGCCUAGUGGGGGUUCCUAUGGCAACCAAACAGCCUCCUCUUAGAUUGGUUACUUUUCUCCUUGCAGAGACAACAUCUGACAAGAACCAAUUUGAAGGAGGAAGGGAUGGGGUUUGGCUUGCAGUUUAAGGGGAGAUAGCAUGCCUGGUGGCAGGAGGCAACUGUUCACAUAGCAUCCAAAGUCAGGAAGUCAGGAGAGGGAACAGGAAGUAGGACUGGGCUGUUAAGUGUUCAAGGCCCACCCUCAGGGACUGACUUCCUUCUUCUGUGAGGCUUCACCUCCAAGAGUCAGCAAACUGACUCUUCCCUGAGAGCACCAGCAGCGAUGAGCUAAGUGUUCAGGUCCAUGAGGCUGUGCGGGAUCAUCCACGUUGAUAUGGCAGUUCCCACAGUAUUUCAUGAGAUGGACAUUGAAGAA